AUGGGGUUUAAUGGGGUGGAUGCAUCCGUUGCUGGAUUAAAGAAGAAUGCGGAGCCUCACGACCCUGUGGCGGCUACUCGGGGGCUGAUUCACCGACUACUAGGCGACAAAUACAGCAACCAGAUCACCCUUCGAGUGUUGCCCUCGGAUGCUGACGAUCUUGACGUGUUUGAGCUUGGAAGCGACGGUGACAAACUCGAGAUCGCCGCCAACUCGGCCACCGCCAUGGCAUACGGUUUGCAAUGGUACUUCAAGUCGGUGUUGCAUGCUCAGACCGACUGGGAUAACCACAAGCUGCAACUCCCAGACAAGCUGCCGAAAGUGGAGGAACGAGUGCGUCAUAAACGUAGCUCCAAGUUCUCGUACUACCAAAACGUGGAUACCGGUAGCUACUCGCUCUGGGCGUGGAGCUGGCCGCAAUGGGAGAAGCACAUCGACUGGAUGGCGCUCAACGGUAUUAACAUGCCGUUGGCAUUUACCGGCCAGGAGAAAGUGUGGCAAAUCACGUUCCACAAAUAUUACAAUGUAAGCUACGAAGGUUUGGGCAAGUUUUUCGCUGGCUCGGCCUUUCUGUCCUGGGGUCGCAUGGGAAACCUGCGUGGAAGUUGGGUGAAAGGGCCACUUCCUCAAGCAUUUAUCGACAACCAACAUGAGCUUCAGCUCCGCAUCCUUGAGCGUAUGCGUGAGUUCGGUAUGAUUCCAGCUUUACCAGCAUUUGCCGGUCACGUUCCUGAAGAAUUGAAACUUCGAUUGCCGAAUGCACAUUUCACCCAAUCACCAAACUGGGGCAACUUUUCUGAGGAACACUGCUGUGUCUUUAUGAUUGAGCCCACUGACGCGCUGUACCGUGAAAUCGGCAAAAACUUCCUAAAGGAGCAGCGCGAAUUGUACAACUACACGUCGUCUCUGUAUCAAUGUGACACAUACAUGGAGAUGGCACCAGAAUUCACAGAUUUAACUGAGCUGGAAGGCGCCGCGCGCGCUGUAAUCGACGGCAUGACAGCUGCCGACCCUAAUGCUGUUUGGUUAAUGCAAGGCUGGCCAUUUGUGGACGACCCACACUUCUGGACGAAGCCUCGCGUAAAGGCAUAUCUUGAUGGCGUGCCCACCGAUAAGCUGAUCAUCCUUGACUUCUACAGUGAGUCGGUGCCCAUUUGGAGCAAGAUGGACAACUAUUUCGGCAAGAGUUGGAUCUACUCUGUGUUGCACAACUUCGGUGGGAAUACUGGAAUGCGUGGGGACUUGCUGACGCUAGCUACGGCACCUGUGCUGGCCAAUUGGGCAGGAAACGGAACCAUGGUUGGUGUUGGAUUAACCAUGGAAGGCAUUUUCCAGAACUAUAUUGUAUACGACCUCACGUUGCAAAUGGCGUGGGUGGAUAAUCCUCUGGAUGUGAACACGUGGAUUCCACAGUAUGCGGCACAGCGAUAUCAUACGCACAACGAGCACGUUGAGCAAGCGUGGAGCUAUCUUUUGCGUUCGGUCUACAACCGUACACUUGCCUAUGGUGGUGUAACCAAGAGUCUGGUGUGUUUAAUUCCCCACUGGAGGCUUUUGUACGACAGAUUUCAGCCUACGCUCAUCAAGUACGACCCUAACGAUGUCGUUCUAGCAUGGAAAGAACUCCUACUAGCUGAGAACGAAUUGCGUGAUGUGGACACGUAUCGACAUGAUUUAGUGGACGUCACGAAACAGUUUUUGAGCAACAAAUUGCUGGAGCAGUACAUCCACCUGAAAGGCAUUUACAAUGCAAAAAAGGCCUCACCAAAUGAAGUGUGUGGAUUGACGAAGACCAUGCUUACCACUAUGGAGCGUCUGGAGGAAAUACUUGCGACGAACGAGGACUUUCUGCUAGGCAACUGGAUUGCCCGUAAUCAAGUCACGCGUUGGGGAGACAACAACAAUGAGGCUAUUCACGACUAUGCUGGGAAAGAGUGGGCUGGUCUUGUAAAGGGGUACUAUAUUCCACGUUGGACCAUGUGGCUUUCAGAAGUCUGCAAUGCUUACACAGACAAGCGCGAAAUGAACGAGAAGGCACUAAAAGAGAAGCGUAUUGCUUUUGAACUAAAGUGGCAGCUUGGCCACGAAUCGUAUCCAACAACGACAGUCGGUGAUGCGUUUACCAUUUCCAAACGAUUCUACAACGAGUACAUCGCUUCCGAGGCGUUGAUUCCGUGGGAACUCUUUGGUGAGAUUCUGUCGGUGGCGUAA